AUGCCAUAGCCAUAUGCCAUAGCCAUGAAUGGUGCGUGCGCGUGAGCUACCGCAUGGAUGGACAUACGUAGUAUACAAACCUUAAUAAUUUCGUUUCACUUUCGAGCUUCAUCGCUUGCCCACCUCGCAGUAGUGAGCGUGUUAAUUGUGCGUUCUGUGCAAUGUCUGUGUACCACGACGAAGUUGAGAUUGAAGACUUCGAAUACGACGAGGAACUGGAGACUUAUUUCUAUCCGUGCCCAUGUGGGGACAGGUUCGAGAUAACUAAGGAGGACCUGCUGAAUGGUGAAGAGGUGGCCACAUGUCCCAGCUGCUCCUUGCUAGUGAAAGUGAUAUACAAUCAGGAGGACUUCAUUCGGGAAAAAGACACACUAGCCAAAGAAGAACCAGCCAAGCUUCAAGCAACCAAUUAAGGAGGUGCCUUGACAGCCAUCACUGCUGCUGCCUGCUUAAUUUCCAGAAUUUGCUGUUCAGAUACAACUACAAAGCUUCUAAAUGGAGUGUUUAUCCAAAGCUUGGAUAUGAAACACGCGUGAUUAUUUGUUAUUGUACAUAUUUCGUCCAUAAUUACAAGUACAAAAGAAGAUAAAGAUUGUUGUGGCUUGAUUGGUCUCAUACACUACAUUCACAUAAGAGAGAAAGUGCACAUGGUUGUAAAUAGGUAGUAACAGUCAAUUUUAGAGUGCAUGUUAUGUUUCUUUGGAAGAAGUAUGACAGAACUGCAGCUGCUGCAGCGCUUGUGCAACACCGUGUCCCAGCUGCAGACAUCUUGCCAAAAUGUUCUUUCCAGUCCACCACCUGUAAAGGCUCAUUGCAAAACAUAAAAUGUGCAUUUUAGUGCCCUGACUAUGCAAGUUGCUUUUUGACAAGUACUAAGGAUGCUUCAUAUCUACUGCCUGUUGCCCCCUUUAUAAACAUCUGCUCCUGCUUACUCCCGACUGCAGUCUCAAUGUAUAGGUGUGGCAACCGCUGGUGCCUAGCAGAAUCUUGCAGUGCAGGUGCAAUCAAAGUGUAGGCAAAGCAGCCAGCACGUCAUCUGCUAUGGUUCCUCUCCUUACUGCAUGCACUCGCGGCUCUGAGAAAUAAUGCAAGUGCUGCAUAAGCGAAAUGUAUUCAGGCACACAAAAUGUGGAAGUAAAUGUAGCAGACAACGCAUCUAUUGUUCGAUGGAGUUCUGCAGCCCUGCCACAGGAUGCCAUGGCCUCACUAGCAGUGGCCACAUCUGUACUGCUGCACUUCCGCUGCAAGGGUCACUUAUGUGGCUUGUCCCUAGUAGCUUUUUCUCUUCUGCACAAUCAUUGCCCUUUACUUAACUUUCAUGGAAGUGUGAAGGUGUGGGAGGCACAAAAAGUGAAGCAAGAGUUGUACUUUAAGUACCUUGUGGGGCAAUUUAUCAAGAAAUUUAACUUGCUAAUGCCAUGUGUAUCAUCAACAUUUAUUUUUUGCUGUGCAGUUUGCUUAAAAUGUUACCGACGUAAUUAUUUUUAACAAAGCAUCCCUUAAGUAAGUGACGCUGCAAAGGGUAACAAUUUCACUAAGCUGUCUGUUUGCCACAGCUUGCAUACAUAUUGGCAACACAAACUCUAGUGAACACUGAAGUAUACAGUGCCUGAAGUAAGGGACCGAACACAUAAAAUAUGCAGCACUUUGCGUCUUAUCUGUGCUCGUCUCUUGUCUUUUCACCUAUCGCGCAUAAUCAGAGCGAAAUGAAACAAACGGCACUAUCUGCUUGGAGCUGUUAUUGAAAGGUCCGUUUGGUAGCACACACACUUGUUGAAAAGUAUAUUAAAGGCCAAUUGCAACAAAAUUUACCUUACAAUUGAAUAGUACGUACUAUCGAAGCUAUUUUGGCAAAGCUGCAGAGUUGAUAGUCAGAUUUUCUUACUAACAGCAUUUGUAUAGCACCUGUUAAGAUGUACACAUGUGGUGGUAAGCAGAUAUCUCGGCACAUCACCUCAGAGGGCGCUGCCUAAUCUUCAAAGAUAUACUGAGGAUCCACCAUUUCUCAGUGUUGUGCAUCAUUUCUGGCAACCGUUAAUGGGAGCCUUUCUUUUUUCCAUCAUUUUUCAGUAACAAAGAUAAAUUAUAAAUUGUGGAGUUUUACAAGCCAAAAGAGAGAGAGAGAGAAUGAAACCUUUAUUUGAAGUCGUGACUUGUCAGUCGAGGUGGGAGGGUCCCUUAUUCCAGGAACCCUCUGGCUUGGAUCACCCUCCGGGCCUGGGCGACUAGUUCGCACUGGUCGACCAGGUCCGGCUUGGAGAUCGCAGCCUCCCACGUUUCAGCGAGGUGGUUUGGAUCUGCGUCUGCUGCUAUUAGUUGUGUCGCUGUGAUGCUUUCUCGGGUGUUCUUGCAUUGCAGGAGGAGGUGCGCCAGGGUGUCAGGCACGUUGCAGUGUGGACAGGUGUAGCUGUAUAGCGUCGGGUGGAAGUGAUGCAGCAAGAUUCCGUGGGUAAAGGUAUUGCUCUGGAGUCGCCUGUAGUCGGUGCCUUCGUUUCUUGUUAGUUUGGGAUGUGGUGGAGGGUACACCCUGCGUCCAAGCCGAUAGUGUUGUGGUAGUGCUUGGUAAGUUAACGGUAUUGUUUCCGUUUCCUCCGCUGAUUUGUGUGGGUGGGACCUUUCUCGAAUACCGUGCGGGGAAGCCCGGUUGACGCUUGCGCGGGCCGCGGUGUGUGCCGCUUCAUUCCCCUCGAGUCCCUCGUGUCCCGGAACCCACAUGAUGCAGGUGUAGGGGGGAGGAGUAUCGCCACGUUUCAGUAAGUUGAUCGCCUUGGUGGAGACCCUGCCUUUCAUGUAGUUGCGUGCCACUGUUUGAGAGUCGGUGAAGACCACUAUGGCAUCCUCGCUUGUAUGGGUGGCGAGUGCUAUAGCGGCCUCCUCAGCAGUGUCCGCGCGUUUAGCGAGAAUUGUCGCCAACGCCAGUGUCGUCCCCCUGUAGUCUGUGACGCUGAUGGCGAAGGCGUUUCGGCCGGAUACUUGGCUGCGUCGACGUAGCGAGCCUGCGGGUCGUUACGGUGCUUGUGUCUGAUGGCGUUUACCUUGGCGAGCCGUCUGCCUCGAUGGUGUUCUGGAUGCAUGUUCCGAGGGAUCUGAAGAACUUGUAAACAUUCUCGCAGCUUCGAUGUGAUCUUUUCUUUACGUUCGCCAUCGUGUUCUAUGUUGGUUACGUAUCCUGUGCGUCGGAGGACUGCUCGGCCUGUGGUUGUGAGCUUGAGUCUCUCGAUCUGGUUGAUGAGGUGCGCUUCCGCGAGUUCUUCCCAGGAGUUGUGAACUCCCAUGCGAAGCAAUCGGUCAGUGGAGGCGGUUGUCGGUAGUCCUAGGGCGAGCUUCGUGGCCUUUCGUAUUAGAAGGUUUAGCUUUUGUUUCUCGGCUGUCUUCAGGUUGAGGUAAGGAGUUCCGUAUGUAAUCGAUCUGAUUAUAAGGCACACCAUAGCGUGGGCUCCAGAAUAAUUUAGACCUCCAGGGGUAUAUGAAAUGUGAGUGACACAUGCACUCACAUUUCAUACCUAAAUUUUUGCACAGAAACCGCUCCAUCUCCUGUGGGGAUGCUCAACUGUCGUACGUCUCCUGAUGAUGUUUCCCCUGCAUGGCUCUCGUAUCUCCUGUAAUCGGGCUUGCCCGCGUAGCUGGGCGCCGCCAGCGGCAGGUGUAGGUGCAGAUUAGUAUGAGAUGGCGCGAGUGUUGUGCUCCAAACACCACCUGACAGCGGGGUUACUCAGGUGCAAAAGAGAGUAGCCUGUUCCUCUUUGGCUCGGGGUCGGCCAGUUGCGUGGACGUUACACACGCAUGCCAGCCAUUCGUAAGACCAUCCUGCGAAAGGCUUAGAAGCAGGACACUGGAAUGGAUGAACACGAUCAUUCGAAUGUGCCACCACUCGCAUAACCAUACACACCAACGAUUAGUCAUUGGUGCUCAGCGUAAGGCCAAACAUAUUCGCUCACAAUCUAGUCGCGGCGAGUCAGACUUCCUAGAUUUGUCGCACGCCCAUCAGCAAGUCCUAUCAGUAAUAAUUCGGCUGUCUAGAUUAGUAUAUAAAUGACGAAAUAAAUGCCCUUGUGAUUGUCUGCA